UCCCAAAGCAACUCUAAGCUCCCAAAGCAGCUCUAAGCUGACAAUUGGCAGACCUUUCAGCCAUGUUGUUGACUUUCUGAGCGUGUCCACAGAGGAAUUGUGACUAAUCUUAGAAGGGAAGGGAAGGAAAGGAAGAAAGAACUCUUACUUUGCUUUGAUGCUUGACUGCGGUGGCUAUGGCGGUUCUUGAUGCUCUCCCGGUGGAGUGCAUCGCCCAUAUUCUGUCCCUCACGACCCCCCGCGAUAUCUGUCGAUCCUCCGCUGUUUGCCGCUCCUUUCGUGCCGCUGCCUGUUCCGAAGUCGCCUGGGGUAAGUUCCUGCCGCCGGACCUCGAUGGCAUCACGUCCAGAGCAUCAUCGCCGUUUGUCCCGCCUUCAUCGUCCGGAAAGAGAGAUGCCUACUUCCGCCUCUGCGACACCCCUGUCCUCAUCGACGGAGGUCUCAAGAGCUUUUCACUGCAUAGACGGACCGGGAAGAAGUGUUUUAUGCUCGGAGCGAGGAGUCUCUCGAUAGUGUGGGGAGACACUCCUGAGUACUGGAGAUGGAGUUCAUUUUAUCGCUCGAGAUUCUCGGAAGUAGUGGAGCUACGAAGAGUGGCUUGGCUUGAGAUUCAUGCUAAGGUGGAGACGCGUAUGUUGUCCACCAACACUGAUUACGGAGCUUACUUUGUCUUCAAGUUCAUGGAAGGCAAUGAUGGAUUUGAAAAUCUGCCGGUAGAGGUGUCUGUCUUGAACCGCUGCAGUGGUCAGAAGGGUGUCGUUUACUUGGACCCUGAUGGAGAACUGAGACAGCAAUACCAGAUUUCUCUAGAGAAAUUCUGGCCCAUGUUUGCUGGCAGAGUUUCUCUUGCUGAUGUGUGGACGGGGAGGGGGAAGCAACUGCCGCAGGAGAGGGAGGAUGGUUGGGCGGAAGUUGAAUUGGGUGGGUUCUUUACCUCUGACGAGGAAGAUGAGGAAGUACAGAUGAGUUUGAUGGAGGUAACGAGCACAAAAUGGAAAUCGGGUCUUAUCAUCCAGGGAGUUGAUAUUCGACCAAGAGACAGGAUGUAAAGGAAUAAAUGUUUCUUAUAAAAUAUCGUGUUGUAUUGGUAUCUCAAUAACAGUUAGCCCUCAAAGUGUUUAGGCUAGGAGAGGAGCAGAAUCUGCAAUCUAUAUUAUCAAAUGAUAGUAUUUGUAUACUUCUUUGUUUUUAUCGGCUUUCAAAAUGCUCGAAUGUUUAUGAAGGACUAGAACAUUAAUUUGCUGGCAGGGGACUCA